AUGGCGGGGGCUUCUGUCAAAGUGGCUGUGAGGGUCCGGCCCUUUAACUCCAGGGAGAUCGGGAAGGAGAGCAAAUGCAUCAUUCAGAUGUCAGGAAACACAACAACGAUCUUGAACCCCAAACAACCAAAGGAAAACAAGAGCUUCAACUUUGACUACUCUUACUGGUCACACACAACUCCUGAGGACAUCAACUAUGCUUCACAGAUGCAGGUGUACAAAGACAUUGGAGAAGAAAUGCUGCUCCAUGCGUUUGAAGGGUACAAUGUGUGUAUAUUUGCUUAUGGACAGACCGGAGCAGGAAAGAGUUACACUAUGAUGGGCCGCCAGGAGCAAGACCAGCAGGGCAUUAUACCUUUGCUCUGCGAGGACCUCUUCACAAAGAUCAGUGACAGCAAUAAUGAUAACAACAUGUCAUAUUCUGUAGAGGUGAGUUAUAUGGAGAUUUACUGUGAGCGCGUGCGUGACCUGCUGAACCCCAAAAACAAAGGAAACCUGCGGGUCAGAGAGCACCCUCUGAUGGGACCCUAUGUGGAGGAUCUGUCCAAACUUGCUGUCACCUCUUACAAUGACAUCCAAGACUUAAUGGACUCUGGAAACAAAGCUAGGACGGUGGCUGCUACAAAUAUGAAUGAGACAAGUAGCCGCUCUCAUGCUGUGUUCAACAUUAUCUUUACACAGAAGAAAUAUGACAGUGAAUCAGACAACACUUCAGAAAAGGUCAGCAAAAUUAGCCUUGUGGACUUGGCUGGUAGUGAAAGGGCUGACUCAACAGGAGCAAAAGGAACCAGGCUGAAAGAGGGAGCAAACAUCAACAAAUCACUGACUACAUUAGGAAAAGUUAUUUCAGCUUUGGCUGAACUGGAUUCUGCACCAAAUAAGAACAAGAAAAAGAAGAAAGUGGAGAGUUUUAUUCCCUACAGAGAUUCUGUGCUGACUUGGCUUCUGAGGGAAAACUUGGGAGGAAACUCACGGACAGCUAUGGUGGCUGCUCUCAGUCCUGCAGAUAUUAACUAUGAUGAGACACUGAGUACUCUGCGGUAUGCUGACCGUGCCAAACAGAUCCGCUGUAACGCAGUGAUCAACGAAGACCCCAACAACCGCCUGGUGCGUGAGCUGAAAGAGGAAGUGGCUCGUCUCAAAGACCUGCUGUACGCUCAGGGCCUGGGAGACAUCAUUGAGACAUAUCGUUGUCCCGGCCCCAUCAUCCAUGGUUUGAAAUACCUGUGCGAUUACAAAAACUUUAUGAAUAAUCGCCAGGCUGUCAAUCAAAGGGGUGAUCUCUCCACAGUGACCCACGCUAUGACUGGAAUGAGCCCUUCGCCAUCACUGUCAGCCUUAUCCAGCCGCGCAGGGUCCAUCAGCAACCUCCAUGACCGCAUUUUCAGCCCAGCCAGCGAGGAGGCCAUCGAACGGCUCAAGGAAACUGAGAAGAUUAUUGCAGAGCUUAAUGAAACCUGGGAGGAGAAACUAAGGCGCACAGAAGCCAUUCGUAUGGAAAGAGAGGCCUUGCUUGCUGAAAUGGGUGUGGCCAUGAGAGAAGAUGGAGGCACUGUGGGCGUCUUCUCACCUAAAAAGACUCCUCAUUUGGUAAACCUGAACGAGGAUCCACUGAUGUCUGAAUGUUUACUCUAUUACAUCAAAGAUGGCAUUACCAAAGUUGGCCGUGAAAAUGCAAAAACUCGACAAGACAUUGUUCUUAGUGGUCAUUUUAUCAGAGAUGAACACUGCACCUUCGGAAGCACAACCGGCCCACAAGGAGAAAGUUGUGUUAUUUUGGAGCCAUGUGAAGAAGCAGAAAUAUAUGUGAAUGGAAAAAGGGUCACUUCUCCCAUUGUCCUAAGAUCAGGAAAUCGUAUAAUCAUGGGAAAGAGCCAUGUGUUCCGAUUCAAUGAUCCGGAGCAGGCGCGUAUGGAGAGAGAGAGGACACCAUGUGCGGAAACGCCUGUGGAGCCGGUGGACUGGGCCUUCGCUCAGAGAGAACUCCUAGAGAAACAGGGCAUAGACAUGAAGCAGGAAAUGGAGCAGAGGCUACAGGAGCUGGAGGAUCAGUACAGAAAAGAAAGAGAAGAAGCCAGUAACUUACUUGAGCAACAGCGACUGGACUAUGAGAGUAAACUAGAAGCUUUACAAAAACAAGUGGAUUCUCGGUAUUUGGAGUCUCCAGAGGAAGAGGAGGAACCAGAAGAAGAAGUUCCAUGGACAAAACAUGACACCGAGUUAGCUCUGUGGGCCUUCCGAAAGUGGCGUUUCUACCAAUUCACCUCUCUCAGGGACCUCCUGUGGGGCAACGCUAUAUUCCUAAAAGAGGCGAAUGCAAUCAGUGUGGAACUCAAGAAAAAGGUACAGUUCCAGUUUGUUCUUUUGACAGACACACUCUACUCCCCACUGCCUCCGGACCUACUGCCCCCUAAUGUGGCCCAAGAGAGGGAGAGACGACCCUUCCCUCGCACUAUUGUUGCGGUGGAGGUACAGGACCAGAAGAAUGGAGCCACACAUUACUGGACUUUGGAAAAACUCAGGCAGAGGUUGGAUCUGAUGAGAGAAAUGUAUGACCGAGCUGCAGAGUUACCUAGUAGUGCGGUGGAGGACUGUGACCCCGCUCUCACAGGAGGAGACCCCUUCUAUGACCGCUUCCCCUGGUUCCGUCUGGUCGGCCGGGCUUUUGUGUACCUGAGCAACCUGCUGUACCCAGUGCCCCUGGUUCAUCGAGUGGCCAUCGUCAGUGAGAAAGGAGAGGUCAAAGGUUUCCUCAGAGUGGCUGUGCAGGCUAUAUCUGCUGAUGAGGAGGCACCUGAUUAUGGCUCAGGUGUGAGGCAGUCAGGCACUGCCAAAAUUUCAUUUGAAGAUAAACAAUUUGAAAAGUUCCAGACAGAGUCAUGCCCCAGUGGUCUCUCACACUCGUCUCAGGAGGAGCUGCGAAUUGUCGAGGGAGAGGGGCAAAACGCAGAGAUGGGUAUUUCAGCAGAUGAAGUCAACAACAAUACAUGUGCAGUGGAACCUCCUCGGAGUCCUGUAAAGACCCUGGGCUUAGGCCUAGACCUCCCUCUGGACCUGUCCCCAGAAAAGGCUCUGUCCCACCUCAAAAUUGGCAGCACAUUCACCUUCAGAGUCACAGUCUUACAGGCAUCCAGCAUCUCUGCAGAGUAUGCAGACAUCUUCUGCCAGUUUAAUUUCAUCCAUCGUCAUGAUGAAGCAUUCUCCACAGAACCUUUGAAGAACACAGGCAGAGGACCACCUUUGGGCUUUUACCAUGUACAAAAUAUCACAGUGGAAGUGACAAAGUCCUUUGUUGAGUACAUCAAGACACAGCCCAUAGUGUUUGAGGUCUUUGGUCAUUAUCAGAAGCAGCCUUUCCCUCCUCUCUGCAAAGAUCUCAUUAGUCCUUUAAGACCUUCCAGGAGGCAGUUUCCCAGAGUCAUGCCACUGUCCAAACCAGUGCCAGCCACAAAGCUCAGCACUUUGACACGCUCCACUGCAGGACCUUGUCAUGCCAAAUAUGACCUUAUGGCUUUCUUUGAGAUCUGUGAGCUGGAAGCCAACGGAGAAUACAUCCCAGCUGUUGUUGAUCACAGGGGAGGCAUGCCUUGCCAUGGGACUUUCCUUUUACAUCAGGGCAUUCAAAGGCGAAUUACAGUGACCAUUGCUCAUGAAAAUGGAAACGACUUUGAGUGGAAGGAGGUCAAAGAGUUGGUUAUUGGUCGUAUUCGAAACACUCCAGAGGCCGAUGAAACAAUCAUAGACCCAAACAUCCUUUCCCUCAACAUUCUGUCUUCGGGAUAUUACUGGCCAAAACAUGAUGACAACAUCUCCUUGGGGGUUGAUCAUAGAACAUUUUACCGAUUUGAAGCAGCGUGGGACAGCUCCAUGCACAACUCUCUACUCCUGAACAGAGUCACUCCCUAUGGAGAGAAGAUCUACAUCACACUAUCUGCUUAUUUAGAGAUGGAGAACUGCACCCAGCCCACUGUAAUCACCAAAGACUUCUGCAUGGUGUUUUAUGCUCGUGACACCAAACUGCCAGCGUCUCGCUCAAUCAGAAACCUCUUCAGCACCGGCUGCUUCAGGCCAUCUGAGAGUAAUCGUGUGACGGGAGUGUAUGAGAUCACCCUAUGCCAUGUGGCAGACAAUGGAAGCCCUGGUAUGCAGCGCCGCCGUAGACGAGUGUUGGACACCUCUGUAGCUUAUGUCCGAGGAGAAGAGAAUCUGGCUGGAUGGAGACCACGCAGUGACAGUCUCAUCCUUGACCACCAGUGGGAGCUAGAGAAACUCAGCCUGCUGCAGGAGGUGGAGAAGACCAGGCAUUACCUGCUGCUGAGAGAGAAGCUAGAGGCCACUUUGCUCGCAGGACAGGAUGCUCUUUACAAGAGCAGUGACAUAAGUGACUUAGCCAAGAGCCCUGUCCUCAGCCAAAGUCCAGUUUGCAGUCCUGUCCCAGACAGCCCCAAUCAGAGGCAGCGCGAGCUGGCUGCUAAGUGUCUGCGCCUGCUGAUGCACACCUUCAACAGAGAGUACAGCCAGGUGAGCAGCAGUGCCAGUGAGAGCAAGCUCUCGGAUCUGUCCGCUUCAUUGAUGAGAGAUUCGUCUUCCUCUGGACUGAGCACCUUAACCCCAUCCUCCACCUGCCCCUCGCUGAUUGAGGGGAACUUUGACCUCAGACUCACUGAGCCCAGUUCAGGGGCAUCCACUCCAGACCUGGACCCCUACAGUCCAGUCGAUCGAAAGAAAGCUCUUCGAGGCUACACCUUUGUUCCUGAUAUUCAAGAGAUCCGUGUCAGCCCAAUUGUCUCAAAGAAAGGGUACCUACACUUCCUGGAGCCCCACACUAGUGGCUGGGUGAAGAGAUAUGUGGUGGUGCGUAGGCCCUAUGUCUACCUGUAUCGCAGUGAGAGGGACAGCGUGGAGAGAGCUGUCAUCAACCUGUCCUCUGCCAAAGUGGAAUACAGUGAAGAUAAACAGACCUUACUGCGGACUCCUAACACAUUCGCUGUGUGCACUGAGCAUCGUGGGAUAUUACUCCAGGCCACCAAUGACAAAGAAAUGCAUGACUGGCUGUAUGCUUUUAACCCACUGUUAGCUGGCACCAUCAGGUCAAAGCUGUCAAGAAGAAAGUCAGUGCAAUCGGCGCCCCCUGUGGCAUCUCCUCAGAGGAUUUAAAGAUAUUGUGGAAAAUUUAAAAGCUUCAUUCU